AUUUACUUUGAAAGAGCUUAAAGAUGUCCCUACAGAGUACAUGCCCGACGAUAAGUCAAUUAUUAAAAAACUACAACAAAAGUAUUUAACUGAUAUAAUAAUCACCAAAAAAAUAGGAUCAUUUACAAUUAUAUCCUUCCGUGAUACACAGGUUAAUGUUUUAUCAAAAGCUUGGUACGAAAAUAAAAAAAAGUACUCCUGCAGAAGAGCGUUUACGGAUUGUAGAAGCUGCUGCGGCUAUUAUUAGGGAAGAUAUUAGAUCAUCUGUCGUUGAAACUAAGACGUAUCCACCUCCGAAUAAAAUGCUAGAUGAUAUUAAUGAAGAAAUACCAAAAACAUUAUCACAUUUUUUGGAAGAAAUUAUAUUAAAAAAUAGAAAAGGAGAAGUAGAUCAUUUAAAAACGAAAUGCACAUCUAUCAGUCACGCAAUAAUGUCUUCGAUACGAGAACGGUCAUUUUCGUCACAGCUACUAUUAGGCCUUUCUGUAUUUCUUCACAGAAGAUAUGGAUCCAAAAAAUUAUUGGAUGUUUUAUCAAAUUUAGGAUUUGCUGCAUCAUAUAGUAAUACCUUACAGUAUGAAGUUUCAGCAGUUUACCAUCCACAGCCUCGUAUUUUAUCAUCAGAGUCAGGUGCGUUUGUACAAUAUGUUGGAGACAAUGCAGAUAUUAAUGUCAGUACUCUUGACGGUAAUAAUACUCUUCACGUUAUGGGAAUGAUAAAAAUAGUUACUCCGAAAGAUGCUGUGAUUUAUGAUGAUCGCAUAAAAAAAUGUACAACUAAACCAAGUGCAAAGGAGUUGGCAACAAUAUCACAUAUAUCUCUUUUAGCAUAUGAAAAGCCAGUUGUACCUGGGUAUAGCAAGAUUCAAGUUCAAAAUGUACAUGAUGAUCAAGUACUAAUUGAAAAAAAUAUUGAUGCAGUUGAUUUUUUGUGGUUAUAUGGAAAAUGGAAGAAUUUUUCACCGUUGCCAGGAUGGAAUGGCUAUCUUGAACAACUUACGGAAAAUAAUAAGAAUUUUUCAACUUCUCAGGUUAUAUUUCUACCUUUCAUUGAUCAUCCUGCCAGUAAUUUAGACACAAUUUAUACCACUUUACAUUGUGCUAUAAAUAUUGCCAAGUCACAUCAACAAAAAGCGUGCAUAAUUACAUUUGAUCAACCCCUGUACUCUAAAGCACGUGAAAUGGUUGCUGCGUCAGAUACAAACUCAGACUUGUCUAAAACAGUUGUCAAACUAGGAGGAUUUCAUAUGCUCAUGUCCUUUCUUGGAUGCAUAGGAUAUGUAAUGGACGGUAGUGGUCUCAAGGAAGCUUUAAGCACAAUAUAUGCUACAAAUUCGGUCGACAAAAUGUUGAAUGGUCACGCUUAUGCAAGAAGUAUGAUAAAACUAGAGGAGACAAUGGAUGAACAGACUUUUGAGAACUUUAAAAACGGAUUCUUUACUGUAAAACGAACUGAAAAAUUUAAUUCUGGUACAUGGCCAGACAUGGUAAUCGAGCAAAGUCUUAUGAAAUCUAUGAAGACAGAAGGAGGAGUAUCUCGAGGCCGAAGUACACAAAAAAGUGUUCUAUGUAAGUGGGUAUAUGGUAUGUAUGCCACGAAUACAAUUUGUGAAGAAAUUGAACGGUUUUGUAAAAUUUCCUUCGAUUCUGUAGACCAACAUGUUGAUGCUAGAGAUUCACGAAUAAAAAGGGAUAAUACUGAUGUAAAUGAGCUGGUUGACUGGUUUACGCUUCAUAAUCCCUUUCCAAAUACGAAUCAGUUGGUAUCCUUAGCUUCAGGAAUUGUUGGAAAUGACCAAAUUAAUUGUCACAGAGCCCUUGAAAUCGGAUUGCAAUCUAUGGUAAAGAUAACUGGUUUGAACUUUAAUGAGAUAAAGUUAAAACGCGUCGAUAAGGUUUUACCGCUUUCAGCCGUUAACAAAUCUGUCAAAAUUAAUGAUUGUAAAGUCUCUGUAGAUCCAUUGUUACUUUUCCAGAGAAUAACUGUAAGUAAAAAAUUUGAAAGUAAUCUACAAGAAUAUCUUCAAUAUGAACUAAGCCCGUAUCCGACAUCUUUAUUUGAUAGUAAUGGCAUGAGAAAAACCACAAAAGCGACAUUAUAUGACAAUAUGGUACCUGUCGAUAUCGAUCUUGAUGAAAAUAAUGUAACGUACGUUGUCGAUGGUGGAUUUCUUCUGCAUCGCGUCGUGUGGAGCAAAGACGAUACUUUCUCCAUUAUUUUAGAUAAAUACAUUAAAUAUUUACAAACACAUUAUGGCUCGAAAAUCGUUGUUGUAUUUGACGGAUAUUCGGACUAUAGUAAAAAUAUUAAAGCAAUGGAACAACAAAGAAGAACUGCAGCACUUUCAAAAUCAUAUGAAGUUUGUUUUGACGAAACAAUGAUUGUGCCAAUCAGCCAAGCAAAAUUUUUAUCAAAUAAGUCGAAUAAAAAAAAAUUAUAG